UGGGUGCAUGUCACUUGGUUGCGCCGUCUUUGUAUGUCAGUUGCUUCAAGGAGUUUGAAAGAGCAGUAUCGUCCAGUCAGGAGGAAAAUAAAAUACAUUAUCACUCUGUAUUGUUUACAUCUGAUGAAGACAAAUAUGACAACCGCAACGCUUCUGGUAGUCCUAUGUAGUUUCCACGUUGCUUCAGGAGUGAUCCACACUCAUCAGUAUUACUUUACUGCCACGUCUGGCAUCCCAAACUUCCCAGAGUUUGUAGUUGUUGGUGUUGUGGAUGGCCAACAGUGUGUCCAAUAUGACAGCUUCACCAAGAGAUUGGUCCCAAAAGAGUGGAUGGCUAAUAAAGGAGACUCUGAUCACUGGAACUGGCAAACCGGAAUUGCAUAUGGACAUGAGGCUGUAUUUAAAGUCGACAUACGUGAUCUAACAUCUCGCUUCAACCAGACUGAAGGUGUGCACACGUGGCAGAGGAUGUAUGGCUGUCGGUGGGAUGAUGAGAGUAAUGCUGUCGAAACAUUUGAUCAGUAUGGUUAUGAUGGAGAAGACUUUAUCUCACUGGAUCUGAAGAACCUGAGAUACAUUGCUUCAAAUCAAAAGGCUGUCUUAACAAAAAACAAGUGGGACAAUGGCAGGUCUGAUCUUGACAGGUGGAAGCAUUUCUACUUCCAGUACUGCAUUGAAUGUAUGAAGAAGUAUUUGCAGGAUGGGAGCAGCAUUCUGGAGAGAACAGUCUCCCCUGAGGUCACCCUCUUCCAAAAGGACUCGGGAGUGGUGUGCCAUUCCACAGGCUUCUAUCCUGACGGAGUGGUGAUCACCUGGAAGAGGGAUGGAAAGGACCUGCAUGAAGACGUGGAUGUGGGGGAGACACUGCCCAAUGAGGAUGGAACCUUCCAGAAGAGAGCUGAGCUUACAGUGUCACCUGAUGAGAGGAAGAAGGGACAGUUCACUUGUGAAGUGGAACACAGAAGCGGAAAGCCCAUUGUUAAGACCUUGAUUGUGGAAGAUGGCAAGAACCUUGUUGGCAUCAUCAUUGGCUGUGUCAUCACUGCUCCUGUCGUGAUCGGUGUGGUUGUUGCCAUUGUCAUAAUGAAGAAGAAAGGCUACAACAAGGCAUCACGGAAGGAGCCGAGUGUGGUAACUGCUGAGCACGAAGAGUGAGGAAUGAUGAAGAAUCGUGCAAAUCAACACUGUAUUUUGUCUGUAUAUCAUAAAUAUCUUAAAUAGUGUGAUGUAUCCAUAACGUUCAGAUUUCAGUUCUAUUUUCUUUAUUUCCCGGUUUUCAGCAAUAACUCAUCCUUUUAAAAUCUGCUGUAUAGAUUAUAGUACAAGUUUAGUGGCUCUUAAAUCUGUUCCAAUGUACAAAAUCUGGAAAGAUUCUUCUAUCAGAAAACAAAUCUAAAUAUCAUAUCUACCAUUUUAGUGGAGCCACUGAUUGGACUAUAAUGACAAAAGGUAUUGUGCUUUCUUUAAUUGUAUGGUGUUGGUUUGCAGUUUGAUAUAACCGAAUAUUGCUAUUCUACUGUUGUAAG